UUUGCCAAGUCGAUAUCAACAGGCCAGAGUGCCAGAAAUGGAUGGUCCAGGUUUACUCCAAAUGUCGGGAUCUCUUCAAAGCUAAUACAUUGCCCAAUUGGGGUGUAGACAAUACGCCUGUUCUUUAUAAGGCAGGUGUGGAGGCCAUGACUGUCGUAGAUUGCCAUCGGCUCAAGCGGGAAUUGGCCAAGGAAGUGGCUAAAGAGAAUGACGAGGUUGAUGAUCUGGACGAUCUGGAUGAGCUGGAUGAUCUGGAUGAGGUUGAGGAGGUGGAGAACGCUCUUGAUCCAGAAAGAUUGGUGGGUCUAUUUCUGGUCCUCUGCGCAAUCGUUAUCCUGUUCGUUCUUUUAUGUCGAAUGAAGCGUCGAAACAUAGAAUUAAAGGAAGUUGAGGUUCCGAAACCGGAACCCCAGGAAGCUCCACCUGCUUCAGCCCCAAAAAAAAAGAGAAAUCGAGCCGCCAACUGCAAAAGCUGGAUGCGCAGGAGCUGUAGACCCUUCUUCCUCCACAACGAAUCUCAGGUCAGACAGUACCAAGCCCGUGCCGAAAUGGAGGUGGCUGUCCACGAGGAACGCACACGGCGGAAGAUCGCCAUGUGGACAAAGGCCCGGGAGAGGGAUGCCCAAAAGAAGAGGGAUAAGCUGCAAAGAAUCAUAGACAAGGCUUCCAAAACUUAAUACCGAAGGGCCACAAUACCUACAAUUUUUGAAAUAUUUGUAUGUACCCCUUUAAUGGAAAUCACACAUAAGUAAAUAAAAGUAUAAAUAUAAAAACAGCAAUUUACAAAUUACAUAGUCGUUUUCUCUUAGCUGGAU